AUGUCACGAGCAAUUCUCAUAUCUGGUGCGACCGGAAAGCAAGGCGGUGCUGUUCUCAACCAACUCGUCAAGCAAAAGGCCAGCGUGGAGAUUCUCGCCGUCACCAGAAACCCCAAUUCUUCUUCAGCUCAGAAGCUUCUCAAGAAAUCUUCCAACAUCAAGCUUGUACAGGGAGACUUGUCCGAUGCUGCCACAAUCUUCAAAAAUGCCCGCCAAGUUACAAAACAGCCGAUUUGGGGAGUGUUCAGUGUCCAGUCCCCUAUGGGUCAAGGAGAUGGUGCUGAAGUAGCCCAGGGCAAGGGUCUUGUCGAUGCUGCAUUGGAUGCUGGGGCCAAGUUCUUUGUCUAUACUUCAGUUGACCGACACGGCGAAGACUCUCUGAACAACCCAACUCAAGUUCCUCACUUUAUUACAAAGCACGAGAUUGAGAAGCACUUGAUCUCCCGUACCACUGGUACUGGUAUGCAAUGGUUUAUCAUUCGACCUGUGGCUUUCAUGGAGAACUUGACGGACAAUUUCCUGGGAAAGUCAUUUGUCACGGCAUGGAAGCUGGUUGUCAAGAAUAAACCUCUUCAACUCGUCACAGUGACCGAUGUGGGCGUCGCUGGCGCACAAGCUUUCCUUCAGCCUGAGAAAUAUGCCGGCCGUGCUGUGUCACUUGCAGGUGACGAACUGACGCUCGAGGAAUUCGAAAAAAUCUUCAAGGAGAAGACUGCCCGCGAUCUCCCAUACACCUAUAGUCUUGUUGUCUACCCAAUCAUGGCGAUGGUCAAGGAGUUGGGUUAUAUGUUCAAGUGGUUCAAGGACCAGGGUUUCUGUGCGGACUUGAAGGCGCUGAGAAAGGAGUAUCCCCAGUUGACGACAUUCGGAACUUGGCUUGAGACAGAAAGCGACUUUGCUCGCAAAUAG